AUGUUGGUACAUUGUUGUUGUUUUGUAGUUAAUUCAGUACGAGGAUCCUCGGCUGCUGGACGCUCUAUCCCCGCUGUGUCAACUCAGUCCUCCGCCUCCAUCCGAAACCCGCUCCGCCACUUUUUACUCAUCACGGUCCACAGAUAUCUGCGUACACAGAGUGUGUCUUCUGUGAGAUUCUGGCCUGUUGUCCGCAUGCAGGGAAUGACGACUCAGUUUAAGGCGAGCAAAGCUUUAAAGGUCAAGAAGGAGGGUGAGAAUGCCCCGGCGGUCAGCGACGACGAGUUGGUGGCCAUGACGGUGCGGGAACUCAACCAGCACCUGCGUGGGCUCACCAAGGAUGAUGUAGCGAAGCUGAAGCAGCGGCGGAGGACCCUGAAGAACCGGGGCUACGCCGCCAGCUGUCGCAUCAAACGCGUCAGCCAGAAGGAGCAGCUGGAGAGACAAAAGAUAGAUCUCCAGCACGAGGUGAACAAGCUGGCCCGCGAGAACACCAGCAUGAAGUUGGAGCUUGAUUCCUUGCGAGCCAAGUAUGAGGCCCUGCAGUGUUUCGCCCGAUCCGUGACCCGCGGGCCCCUCUCGCCGGGCAAGGUGCAGAACACCAGCGUCAUCACCAUCGUCAAGUCCGCCCACCGCAACAACUCCAGCCCCAACCCGUACUCCACCGUGUCCUAGUGUUGACAGGACUGGGCUCUUCUCCUCCUGCCUGGUCCUUUCCGGUUCUGACCCGGCCUGAACCCACUCGCCCUGCACUGAGAGGACGCUCAGUAGUUAGACUAUGGGAUGGAAUGGGGUGGCAAAGCUUGAUGUGAUGUUAUGCUGCAAUCACAACUCUGUCUCUCUCUUUAUGUCUCUUUUACACAUUGUCUGUGCACUGUGCAAACCCCCCCGACCCCCCAGCACCAGCAGGGCCCCUGUGACCCUUCCUCCAUGACUGUAAGCAGAGAUUUUUCUUUUUACUCCAUUGUUGAAAAGUAUUUCACAUGCCUUAAUGUGGCGGCAAAGGCCCUGCUCUUGUAUUAUUAACCAUAACACUUGAGAUGGAAGCAGUCUAUGUGACAGAAAGCUAUUUGCAAAGCCAAUGCCAAAUCAUAUGACCUUAAUGUGGAAGUGCCUCAAUGUACAAUGAGCCUUUGAAGCCGUUGCCUUAAAAAGGACCCAUAAGUGAUCCUAUAACAUUAUUAUAGAGUACUUACAUGGAUACUAACACAAAGAGGAUUUUUCGAUUUAUCUCAAGCUAAACACUUUGUAUUUUGCCCAUGUCUAUAAUUCCUUAUAAAAAUAAUUAUGUAAUGCGUUAUAAUAAGCUUAUAGCCCUAUACAAUUAUAGUUAAAAGCACUUAUUCAAAAUGCUUCAUAACUUCAUAAUUGCUGGUCACUUAUUAGUUUUGUUUUGCCAGACCAUGUCAAUUAUGAAUUACAAUAUUUGUAUCAUGCCUUGUGAUAAUACUUCAUAUAGUAUAUGAUUAUAAUGCAUUAUUGCACUUAUAAUCCCCUAUGAACAUUGUCAAAAACAAGUCAGUGAGUGACUAGCAGUUAUAAAGUUAUAUGAUACCUGACCUCCUAAGUCAUUAUAGUCAUAUGCAGUUUCAUAAAGGCCUCUACUCGUGAUGCGCUAUUGUUCAUAUUUCGGUCUUGGUUAUAUUACAAAGUUUGACUUGGUGGUCAAUACCCUCUCUAGUAUGUGAGACAUCAGCAGUAGGUACACUACAGUAAAGGCUUUCAUACUAGUGCUGACAGUGGUCUAACUUUGGAGUUUUGAAGUAACACUUUUCAUUUGUGUUUGAAACUUUCGUAAGGCCAGAAUUGAUAUGUAAGCCUUUGCUGGAUGAAAUUGACUCCUUUUGUUAGAUAUUUUUUUUAAAGACCAGUGUUUCUUACUGUUUCUCCUAUAGCCCACUGAACAGAUGAAUACAUCACAUCCACAGGGUGUCAACAUCAGGUAUAAACAAUAAGCUUCUAAAGAGGCAAAUCUGAUGCACCUUGAGUUUGCUGUCAUUGAAGCUCAUCCAUGGAACACUUGACGUGCUGGCAGUUUGGUUUAGAAGUCAUUUCGAUUGGUAUGAGGGCCUGAGAUGAGGUGUGUAUGGCUAGGGUGUUUUAUGCAGGUGCUGGACGUGAUUCUAUUGGUAUAUUGUGACCAUACCACUGGAGAAUUUAAAGAGCUGAAUACUUAUUUUCCACAAAUUGGAAUUCAUUGAUGAUUAUGCAGUUACAUUUGGAAACAGAACAUUUUUGAAUUGGAACGUGAUUUGUUUGGAUUCGAAAUGUCAUCCUAUUUCCAUCAUUAGUUAGCACUUAAAACUGUUAAGAUGCAGUAUAAACAAAUCACAGGGCAACUGAUUCCUAGAGUUGGAGUUGAAAGAAAAAAGAUUGAGUUAGUUGGUAGGAGAUUAAAUAUGUGACCAUUUACUGCCAGUCAAGCCUUAUUGAACUAAUGGCUCUGUGAGAUGUAUGCCACAGCACUUACUGGGGGAUGGUUGGCCUCUUCCCUUUAUAUGAAACUCUUUGGUAUGUUAUCCAUAUUAGAUGUAGUGAAAAUGAGAGCGGUCCCUUCAAGUGAAACGCAAUUCAAUUGACUUCCUUUAUGUUACUAAGCUCCCACUGCCUUCUUUGUCACUCAACAUCGAGAUCUCCGUCCAAAUAGAAAUCAUUCCUACUGCUGGUGUUGAUAUCUCUGAAGUCCUAGCUAUUAACCUUGCUUUUGACACACUCUCCUGCAAGAGAACUCCUGACGCCCAUCUCUAGAAGGUGUCAUGACAACUAAAUGCAGUAACACCUUCCUUCUGUUGUAAUUUUUUUUAAAUAUUUAAGUAUGAAAUUCACUUGAAUUAAAGCCGUCCUUACCGAGGAUCCAUUCCUAAGUUGGAGUGAAGUCCAUAGAGAUUGUUCACGUCAGGAUUUUCUCUUCGCUAAGAGGACAUGACCGUUUUUUCCCUGUUCCAUAGCUGCAAAGAACAUAAAGGGGAACUUUGCUGCUGUACAACCUGCUGUGAUUUCUAAGCAGGGGCAAUGCUGUGCUCUUACUAUUUUUGUAUUUUCACUUGAUUUCUAUGUUAACACAUCCUAUGUUCUUUUUCUGAUACUUAGUUUUAUAUGCAUAUACAGUAUAUAUGAAAAUAUAUAUAACAUAUUUUUCUAUAUUUAUGUAUUUUACUAUCCUGGGAGUGGUGUGAUUAUGUAAUCUUUCUUAAGACGUCAAAUUAUUUUGAUGCUGACCGUCUUCGGCCACAUUUACAAUGAGAUAACUAUUUUAUUAACUUAAAGUCUUCUUUGUGAGUUUUUAUACCACAUAAUUACGUCUCGUCAGCACAUUUUUUCAUUUGUCUCAUUCUGAAAUUGGACAGACCGUGACUAGGGUUACAUACAGGCUGCUGCUUUUACCUUUUUGAAUAUGUUCUAUUGUUAUGAACAAUUCAAAAUGUAAGAGAUAGGUUGGAACUCAAACUAGCUAAACAAAAUGUACCAUACAUUUCAUUUAGCGAAUCGAUUUUCUUUCAGGCUCCAUUAGUUUAAGAAUAAAUGAGAAUAAUUUAUUAAGUAAAUAGUAUUAACCUGGAUGUAAACCUAGUCAGACGUUCUGGCCGCAAAGACGAUAAACUUUUCUAAAGACAUUUUGUCAACAGUUUAAAAUAAUGAUGGUGGUAAAGAUUGUGUAGUCUUGAUGAAACCUUUACUGAAAAUGAAUUCCAAAGCUGCUAGAGACUGUUCACCCAGACUUUUUCAAGAAUUAUAUUUGAGUUGAGGUUGCAAAAGGUUUCACCGUGUUUAUAUAAUACAGCUUGAAGAUUUGUCACAGUUUUUACAGUGGCCUCUUGUGGUAAAGUUUAGAACAUAAUGCUGUACAAUGAUGCAUUGUUUAAUUUGAGCACAUAUCACUGUAUUUUGAUCUGAAGUAGUUGCUUUUAGGCAGCACACCCUAAAGAAAUACUCAGCUAUUCUUCAAAGUAAUGUUAUAUUUCCGUACCGUGCCAUAAGACAAACCUCUAUCCGGGUGAAUUAAGUACUUCAUGUUUAUCUUACAUCCAGUGUGACCCAGCAGAGGUCCAUUUAACCUUUGGGUAUUUUACCACAACAAAUAUUCUCCAGAUAUAAUCAUUUACACGUUCAACAAGCCCCAUUGUUCCCGCUUAAAUAAAAGAAGACGUGCAAAUAAUUGUAGAAGUUUCUGGGAGAAAAGAGGUAUAAGCGUUACCUACCGUGGGUGUUUCUUUCUUCGUACAGUUGAAGAGAUGGCAGCUUGUUAUACAGUACCUAGGAGCUGUUUAAGAAAUUGUUGGUUAUUUUAAAUUUGUAUAUGAACUAUAGCAAUGCAAAUGUAUGUAUGGAAAUGAGGUGUCUUGUAUAUUGUUAAUUUGGUGUUCAAGUUUUUAAAUGCAUUUCCAUGAAAACACAUGUCCUUGAUUACAUAAGCUGCCACAAACAAGCUUUUGCCAGUCCUACAAGCUACAGUAUUUAAUUUUAGACAUGUAGAAAGUCAGUUUUAGUAUUGUAGAGGUUUUGAGUAUAAAUUCAGAAACAGCUCAAGGAAUGGGAGGUAUAAAGAUAAUAGGGUUGUGGGUUAAAUGUUAAUUCAACGGCAGCAAUUCUAUGUUAUGUUUUUUUACUUUUUAAUGGAUUUCCUUGUUCUAAUCUCAUAGCAUCAUGUUGAAGCUAAAACAAAGACAGCAAUAUAAAAGGCAGCAUAAACUGAGUAUGUACCCAUCACACCUUUUCACUAGUCUGCUCAUAUACAGUAUAUUUUAUAUUUAUUUCAUUGAAUUGUGUAAUUUUAUUAAAAAGAACACCUAAAUUAUUUUUAUUUUACAUUCAUUUAUUAACAUGUUUUCUCAAUGAACUACCCUCAUGUACAAAUAAAGUCUGUAUUUGUUUCUGCUCUGA